GGGAGCGGCUGUCCUCGGCCAAUCAGGAAUCGCUAGUGAGCGGCGCGAGAAGCGGCGGCCGUGUUCUCAAGCCGGGACCUAAGCGGUGGAGACGGCGGAAGCACCAGGAUCCAUAUCUCCAAUGGAUACUGAGGGGUUUGGUGAGCUCCUUCAGCAAGCUGAACAGCUUGCCGCCGAGACCGAGGGCAUCUCAGAGCUUCCCCACGUGGAACGGAACUUACAGGAAAUCCAGCAGGCGGGUGAGCGCCUGCGUUCCCGUACCCUCACACGCACGUCCCAGGAGACAGCAGAUGUCAAGGCGUCAGUUCUUCUUGGGUCUCGGGGACUUGACAUAUCCCACAUCUCACAGCGUUUGGAGAGCCUCAGUGCAGCCACCACCUUUGAGCCUCUUGAACCUGUGAAGGACACAGACAUUCAGGGUUUCCUGAAGAAUGAGAAGGACAAUGCCUUGCUGUCUGCCAUCGAAGAGUCCCGGAAGAGGACCUUUGGCAUGGCUGAGGAGUACCAUCGAGAGUCAAUGCUGGUCGAGUGGGAACAAGUGAAACAGCGAAUUCUCCACACUCUGCUGGCGUCAGGAGAAGAUGCCCUUGACUUUACUCAAGAAAGUGAACCAAGUUACAUCAGUGACCUGGGACCCCCCGGUCGAAGUUCUCUGGACAGCAUUGAGAUGGCCUAUGCCCGGCAGAUUUAUAUCUAUAACGAGAAAAUUGUCAACGGGCACCUGCAGCCUAACCUUGUGGGCCUCUGUGGAGCUGUGGAGCUGGAUGACAAGAACAUCUCGGACAUGUGGGCCUUGGUCAAACAAAUGACAGACGUGCUGUUGGUGCCUGCAACCGAUGCCCUGAAGAGUCGCAGCAGCGUGGAGGUUCGCAUGGAGUUUGUCAGGCAGGCCCUGGCCUACCUGGAGCAGAGCUAUAAAAAUUAUACCCUUGUGACUGUCUUUGGAAAUUUGCACCAGGCCCAGCUUGGUGGUGUGCCUGGGACGUACCAGUUGGUUAGAAGUUUCCUGAACCUUAAACUUCCAGCGCCGUUGCCUGGACUUCAGGAUGGAGAGGUGGAAGGCCAUCCUGUGUGGGCACUGAUUUAUUACUGCAUGCGCUGUGGAGACCUGCUUGCCGCUUCACAGGUGGUUAAUCGAGCCCAGCACCAGCUGGGAGAGUUUAAAACCUGGUUCCAGGAGUAUAUGAACAGCAAGGACAGAAGAUUAUCCCCAGCUACGGAAAACAAGCUCCGGCUGCAUUACCGCCGGGCCCUCCGGAAUAACACAGACCCCUACAAGCGAGCUGUGUACUGCAUUAUUGGCAGAUGCGAUGUUACCGACAACCAGAGUGAAGUGGCUGACAAAACUGAGGACUACCUGUGGCUGAAGCUCAACCAAGUGUGUUUUGAUGAUGAUGGUACCAGCUCCCCACAAGACAGGCUCAGCCUUUCACAGUUCCAGAAACAAUUAUUAGAAGACUAUGGGGAAUCCCACUUCACGGUGAACCAGCAGCCCUUCCUAUACUUCCAAGUCCUGUUCCUGACGGCACAGUUUGAAGCUGCAAUCGCCUUUCUCUUCCGGAUGGAGCGGCUGCGCUGUCAUGCUGUCCAUGUGGCCCUGGUGCUGUUUGAGCUGAAGCUGCUUUUAAAGUCCUCUGGACAGAGUGCCCAGCUCCUCAGCCAUGAGCCUGGAGACCCUCCCUGCAUGCGGCGGCUGAACUUCGUGCGGCUGCUCAUGCUCUACACACGCAAGUUUGAAUCCACAGACCCGAGGGAAGCCCUCCAGUACUUUUACUUCCUCAGGGACGAGAAAGAUAGUCAAGGAGAAAACAUGUUUUUGCGCUGCGUAAGCGAACUGGUGAUAGAAAGUCGAGAGUUUGAUAUGAUUCUGGGGAAACUAGAGAAUGAUGGAAGCAGAAAGCCUGGAGUCAUAGAUAAGUUUACUAGUGACACAAAGCCUAUUAUCAACAAAGUUGCUUCCGUGGCAGAAAAUAAAGGACUGUUUGAAGAAGCAGCAAAGCUUUAUGACCUUGCCAAGAAUGCUGACAAGGUGCUGGAGCUGAUGAACAAACUGCUCAGCCCCGUGGUCCCCCACAUCAGCGCACCGCAGUCCAACCGAGAGAGACUAAAGAACAUGGCGCUCUCCAUCGCCGAACGGUACAGGGCUCAGGGAAUAAGCGCAAAUAAAUUUGUGGACUCCACGUUCUAUCUUCUGUUGGACUUGAUCACCUUUUUUGAUGAAUAUCACAGUGGUCAUAUUGACAGAGCCUUUGAUAUCAUUGAUCGCUUGAAGUUGGUACCCCUGAAUCAGGAAAGUGUGGAAGAGAGAGUGGCUGCCUUCAGGAACUUCAGUGAUGAAAUCAGGCACAACCUCUCGGAAGUGCUUCUCGCCACCAUGAACAUCUUGUUCACACAGUUUAAGAGGCUCAAGGGGACGAGUCCUUCGUCGGCGACCAGGCCACAACGAGUCAUCGAGGACCGCGACUCUCAACUCCGUGGUCAAGCCCGAGCUCUGAUCACCUUUGCUGGGAUGAUACCCUACCGGACGUCUGGGGACACCAAUGCGAGACUGGUGCAGAUGGAGGUCCUCAUGAACUAAGGGCGAGGCUCUGGGUGGCUGCUGGGAUUGCAUGCCGUCAUGGGGGGGGGGGGGGGUUUCUGGCUUCAUUUCUGUUGUGUUGUUUUGUUUUUGUAUUAUGUAUUUUUGUCAACACCAAUAAAUUUCUUUGGUUUAUAUUUCUUUUAAACAUCCUUUUAUUUUCAUUGUUUUGUUUUGUUUUUCCUUUGAAAUUUUUGUUUACAUUAUUCUUUGUGUAUAUGGGGAGGAAGUGCCUUCACUCAUUUUUUGGGCCAGAGAAUGGUAGGCUAUGUAGGCAUCUUUAAUUUGGUUUGAACUGACCUUAAAUGAUUAAAAGUCAUCCAAAAUGAGCAAGGAAA